GGAUCACGUGAGAAUAAAGUUGUGUCCGGAAGUUCCGCCCUAGUAGCUUUGGUUUGGGCGGAAGUGAUACGGUGUGCAGCGAUGACGUAGCCCUGUGUCAGUUUCUGGGUUCCAAGUGCGUCGCAGUUUGGAGCCCAUGGUACCGGGGGAGUGGAUUUGGUGCGGGGAUGGAUUUCCACAGUGUGCUGAGAAUGGCUGCCGCCAAACCGGGGCCGGACGGUGUAAUGAAAAGGUACAGUCUUGCUGUGGGCCCCCCUCGCAAGGAUCCGAAGGUGAAAGGUGUGAAUUCUGCAGCAGUGCAGGCCUUCCUCAGGAAGAAAGAUCAGGAGAUACAGAACAAAGAGGUUGAGGCAAAGAGGAAGAAGGAGGGGUUGUUGGCCAAACGCAAGGAGUUGAAACAUGAUAGAAAAGCCCGUGCCAUGGCUUCCAGGACAAAGGACAACUUCAGGGGUUAUAAUGGGAUUCCAGUUGAAGAGAAGCCCAAAAAGCAUAAAGGCUCCGGCCUGGAAGAGGGUCCGAAUGAAAGCAUGCAGUCCACUGAGGAGGAUGAGGAGUAUAUGACAGAGGAGGAAUUGUAUGAGUACUCUCAGUCUGAAUCUGAGCGGGAGGAGGAACAGGAGGAAAUGCCCCCUCAGAAAGUGGCUAAAGCAGCACCUGGAAAGAAGCCCCCGCCUCCAGCGCUAAACUUCACAGAACUGCUACGUCUCGCUGAACGAAAGCAACAUGAACCAGUAGAAGUGAUCCGACCUGUGAAGAAAGAGGAACGGCUCCGAACCGCAGAAGAACUCAAAGAGUUGGAAUUUCUAGAGAGGAAAGCCCAGAAGGCAGAUAGAAAAGAUCCAAUGAGAAAUGGGCAAGUUGUAAAAAUCAGUAAAGGUUCUGGAGACAAAUAUUACUCGCUGAAAGGAAGUCAUUCGGUAGAGAAAAGGUCCCAUGAAAACUCAAAGUCCAGCUCCACUGAGCAGAAUGGUACCUUCAGAAAGUCCUCCAGUGAUAAUAGAAGCAGAGAAGAGAAGAGUGGGUCCGUAUUCCAUACCAAAGAUUCAAAGUUUCCCACAAAGUCAUCUUCUGCCAAGGACUGUGGUGCCAAAGGUUUUAGACCCAGUGCAACAGGGGAUUGCAAGAAUAGAAAUGACUCUACCCGAGCCUCCGGUUCCACUUCUCUGCGUCCUUCUUCUGGAGGUUCAAGUUCUGUUUCAGGGAGACCAUCUGGAAGUUCUGAAAAACCAGGUUCUAGUUCAGGAAAGCCUAUGGGAGGAUCAGGUUCUAGUUCAGCAAGGUCAAGUUCUGGUUCAGGGAAGCCAACAGGAGCCACGGGUUCAGGGAAGCCAACAGGAGCAUCAGGUUCUGGUUCAGCAAGGUCAGUGGGAGAGUCGGGAUCUCGGUCAGGGAAGCCAACAGGAGCAUCAGGUUCUGGUUUAGCAAGGUCAGUGGGAGCAUCUGGUUCUGGUUCAGGGAAGCCAACAGGAGCAACGGAUUCAGGGAGGCCAACAGGAGUAUCAGGUUCUGGUUCAGCAAGGUCAGUGGGAGCAUCGGGUUCAGGGAAGCCAACAGGAGCAUCAGUUUCUGGUUCAGCAAGGUCAGUGGGAGCAUCGGGUUCAGGGAAGCCAACAGGAGCAUCAGGUUCUGGUUCAGCAAGGUCAGUGGGAGCAUCGCGUUCUGUUUCAGGGAAGCCAACAGGAGCAUCAGGUUCAGGGAAGCCAACAGGAGCACCGGGUGCUAGUUCAGGGAAACCAGCAGGAGUAUCCGGUUCUGUUUCUAGUUUUGCCCGGCCACGGAGCAAUUCUAGUAUGGCUCCUGCCAAGCCUGCUGCUAGUUCUGGUUCUGCCCGACCCUCCAGUUCAGGAACACCACGUGCAAGCAGUACUGGUAAUUCCUCCAGCAAUUAUUCACGUCAGGCUAGCAGCUCAGGAGCAGUGCGGCCCAGUAGUGGCCCUCCAACAGGUGGUACACCUAAAGGCCCCUCUCCUCGGCCAGGAACUGGACCGAACUCUGUGCGUCAUAACACAACUUCAAUCUCGGUUUCUGCUCGUUCCUCCCUUGGCUCAGGACCUGGUCGGCCGGUGGCUGCUUCAGCAACAGGACAAUCGGCAAUGGCAAAACCAAAAUGUACUGUGGUGGCUGAAACCAUAUCUUCCAAGAACUUUGUACCCAAGUCCAUCAAUGGGCAUAUGAAUGGAAUGAGAUCAGCAGUGCCCCCUGGGCAUAGACCUAACAUGCAGCCACCAGGUCGCCCUUUGCCUCCCAUCACCAGCUCUUACAAACGAAGAAUUGACGACGAUGAUGAAUAUGAUUCAGAGAUGGAUGAUUUUAUAGAUGACGGGGGUGAAUGCCAGGAUGAAAUAUCCAAGCACAUUCGGGAAAUAUUUGGCUAUGACAGAAAUAGGUACAGGGAUGAGAGCGAUUAUGCCCUGAGGUACAUGGAAAGCAGCUUUCGAGAGCAGCAGAAAGAAGAGGCAAGAAGCCUGCGAUUGGGCAUCCAGGAAGACUUGGAGGAGUUGAGGCGUGAGGAGGAGGAGCUAAAGCAGAAAGCCAAGCAGUUAAAGUCAGCGAAGAAGAUGAAGAGUCGAUAGCGAGGAAUCCCUGGCUCAUGGGAAGCCGAGUGCACAGACAACAUACGGUGGAAAAGCACUCGAUCCUAUACAAUGACAUGUAGACUCCUCUUUGUUUUUUACCAGCGGAUUUACUAAUGCAGGAAACAACCAUUUUUAUUUUAAGUUUUUUGGCAAUGUUCUCACAGGUCAAAGAUUGAAUGUGCAGGAAGCUGCCGUUGUGAUGGAGUGAAAUGGACUUUUAUA